UACUAUUGUAAGAAAUUUCUAUGCAUUACACUGCAUACAUUUUUUUCACAAUAUAAAGAAGUUUACUUAAUUGGUACAUAAUUUCUCGCAAAAAUAUUAUUAGACGUGCAUUCAAUCUCUAAAGAAAAGAUGGUUUGGUGGUUCUCAUGGCUCUGUCUCCUCUUCUUCCUCUUUACCUCUAAAUUGAACUGUUCAUUAUCAUCUUCCAACUCUUCCUCUCCUCCUUCAAGGCAUGUGUGUAAUUCUGAUGAGAGUUCUGCUUUACUUCAAUUCAAGAACUCAUUUCAAGUUAAUCACUCUAUAUAUGGUGGUUCAGAAUUUGUUUAUCCCAAAAAGACAGACUUCUUUUCUCCGAGGACAGACUCAUGGGCAAAAUAUGAAGACUGUUGCAGGUGGAGUGGUGUCACAUGUGAAAGGGUCACUGGUCACGUGAGCGGCCUCAACCUUCGUUUUAGUGGGCUUCAAGGAAUACUUCACUCCAACAGCAGCUUGUUCUCUCUUGGCCGUCUCAAGAUGCUGGACCUAUCUUUCAAUGAUUUCAUGGGCUCUGCUAUUUCUUCCAAGUUUGGUGGAUUUGUAAGUAUGACACACCUCCGUCUCGAUUAUUCCAACUUCACUGGUAAAAUCCCUUCCAAAAUCUCCCAGCUUUCCAAAUUAGUUUCACUUAAGCUCUCUUCUGGAUUAGCGUCUUAUGAGCUCUCUUCCGGACUAGUUUCUUAUGGGCCCCAUGAAAAAACAACAAUAGACCCGCUUACCAUGAAAGGAAUUGCUCAAAACCUCACCAGCCUUAGAGUGCUUGCUCUCAAUUCUGUCGACAUGUCUUCAGUUGUACCUGAAUCCUUCCUGAAUUUGUCUUCUUCUUUGACUUCACUUUUGCUUUUUGAUUGUAAUUUGCGUGGGAAGUUCCCAGGGACUUUAUUCCACCUACCCAACCUUGAAAAACUUUACUUGUAUGGAAACACUAAUCUCACAGGUUAUACCCCCAAAUCUAACUGGAGUAGUCCACUGAACUACUUGGGGCUCUCUGAGACUAAAAUCUCAAUAGAUCUGCAUUUCUUGACAAGCAGUUUGAAAUCUUUGAGGGCUUUGUAUAUUCGGGAGUGCAAUUUCGCAGGAUCGCGCUUGCAUCUUGAAUUGUCUGGUAACCUCACACAACUCAUGUGGUUGGAUCUCUCUCAUAAUAGUUUUGGUGGCCAGAUACCAUGGUCGCUUUUAAACCUUGAGCAUCUCCAUCACUUGGAUCUUUCAAGCAACAUGUUUGUGGGUGAACUUCCAGAAAUUCAUGGUAAUUCCACAAAAGCAUCUUCAACUUUACAUGAUUCUUCAAAGAAACAACUUAUUGGUGGUUCUAUUCCUAUGGGUUUGACCGUACUCAGUUUGUAUAACAACUCGCUUAGCGGAACAAUACCAUCUUGGGUAUAUUCUUUGCCAUCUUUGGAAAUUCUGUGGCUCGACAACAACGAAUUCACUGGUAAUAUCAAUGAUUUCCAGUCUCUUUCCUUGUGGUAUCUUGAUUUAAGUAAUAACAAGCUGCAUGGCAUGAUUCCGAGUUCGAUCUAUGGACUUGUGAAACUUGAAGAUCUUAAGAUAUCCUCAAACAAUUUGAGUGGCGUUGUGAAGUUUGAAAAGUUUCAAAAUCUCCAAAGUCUCACCAGUCUAGAUCUUUCCUAUAAUCAUCUAAUGGUGAGUUUUCAGAACUUCAGUAAUUUUACAUUGCCUAAACUUUUAUUACUGUACAUGUCUGGUUGCAAAAUAACUCAGUUUCCGUACUUCCUGAGAACCUCAACCCAAUUAGAAUACCUAGAUCUUUCCAACAACCAGAUUCAAGGCAAUGUUCCAACAUGGGUGUUGGACGUGGGGAGAAAUUCAUUGUCCUACUUUAAUCUUUCCCACAAUUUCUUGACGGGUAGUAUAGAACAAUUUCUGUGGAAGAACAUACAAGUUGUUGACCUUAGCUCCAAUUUGUUGAAAGGAAAAGUUCCUAUUCCAUCACCUUCAACAAACUUAUUUUUUAUGUCGAACAAUCAAUUGACUGAAGCAUUGCCAUCCACCAUUUGCAACCUGACUUCUGUCCUAGUAAUUGAUUUAUCUAACAAUAGCUUGAGUGGCAGGAUUCCUCAAUGUAUAGGGAAUUUCAGUCAAGAUCUCUCAGUUUUGGAUUUGCAUAUUAAUCAAUUUCGUGGCAGGAUCCCUUCAACAUUCCCAAAGGGAAACAUCUUGAGGAAUCUUGACCUUCAUGGAAAUCAGUUGGAAGGGACUCUGCCACAGUCUCUAGUCAAUUGCAGAAAGAUGGAAGUUCUAGACUUGGGAGACAACAAGCUAAACGAUACUUUCCCGAAUUGGUUGGAGUCUCUUCCGGAGUUGCAGGUUCUCAUCUUAAGAUCUAACCGACUGUAUGGUCCAAUUGGCAGCCCAAAAACAAGAUUUCCCUUCCAAAAACUGCGAAUCAUUGACCUCUCCUUCAAUCAGUUUGGUGGCCCUUUGCCAACAAUGUACUUUCAGAAAUUGGUGGCUAUGAAAGACGUGCAAGAUGAUGAACUGAAGUACAUGGGAGAGUCCUAUUACCAAGACACAGUCACAGUGGAAAGAUUCCGGCGGUGAUCGGCGAGCUCAAAUCAUUGAAGGGGCUUAAUUUCUCUAGUAACAAGCUUAAAGGUCCAAUUCCAUCCGCCUUCUGUAACUUGACUAAUCUGGAAUGGCUGGACAUCUCCUCAAACAUGCUUUCUGGUGAGAUUCCAACGCAACUAGCCGA